ACCACAUUGUUUUUACAACGCAGGAUACGUCAUACGUCACCACGUUGACCCCUUGACGUUGCGGAAGUGAACACGUGUGGUAGAAGGGAAUCACACGCAUGUUGAGAGGCCACGGGCUGUUUUCAGGAUCAGAAGUUAACCCUCCUUUUCACCGUCAUCAUGGCCGUGAGAGCAGCGUUUGAGAAAAACAACGAGAUCGGCUGCUUCGCCAAACUCACCAACACGUACUGCCUGGUGGCCGUCGGCGGCUCCGAGAACUUCUACAGUGUGUUCGAGGGGGAGCUGUCAGAAACCAUCCCAGUGGUUCACGCUUCCAUCGCCGGCUGUCGCAUCAUCGGGAGGAUGUGCGUGGGGAACCGCCACGGCCUCUUGGUGCCCAACAACACGACGGACCAGGAGCUGCAGCACAUCAGGAACUGUCUGCCGGAAGCCGUGAAGAUCCAGAGGGUCGAGGAGAGGCUGUCGGCGCUCGGCAACGUCGUGGCCUGCAACGACUACGUGGCGCUGGUCCACCCCGACCUCGACAGGGAGACGGAGGAGAUCCUGGCUGACACUCUGAAGGUGGAGGUCUUCCGUCAGACGAUAGCCGAGCAGGUCCUGGUCGGCUCCUACUGUGCGUUCAGCAACCAGGGAGGCCUGGUCCACCCCAAGACGUCGAUAGAGGACCAGGACGAGCUGUCGUCUCUGCUCCAAGUUCCCCUCGUGGCCGGCACGGUGAACCGAGGCAGCGAGGUGAUCGCCGGCGGGAUGGUGGUCAACGACUGGUGCGCGUUCUGCGGCCUGGACACCACCAGCACGGAGCUGUCGGUCAUCGAGAGCGUCUUCAGACUCAGUGACUCAGCGCAGCCCUCCGCCAUCGCCACCAGCAUGAGGGACUCGCUGAUCGACAGCAUGGCGUAAGCCGUCUCUGCCGGUCCACCCGGUCGAAGAGCUCUGCCGCGGUCGCCCUGGUCUCUGGCGUGAAGCCGACACGCUGCUGGACCUCAUCUCUCAACUGUAAACUCCUGGUUCCACCCGGCACACUUCACUCUCGCUCAGACGCCUCCGCUCACCCCUGCAGCCCUUUUCCUUCUCAGAGGAGAGGCCGUUGUGUUCAGAGGCUUACAGACGUCAACGUGCAGAAACAGUGAAGUUGAGGAAUCCGAUAUUUCAGCCUUUCGUGGCACUUGUGUGAAUAUUUUUUUUUACCAAAGGGGGAGAAAUAAGAUUUGACAUUUUCUCCCAGUUUGGAUAGACCAAAAGUGGCCGAGGCCGUGCUCAAAGAAGGUGUUAAAGAUCCAAUUUAUUUUUCUGCCUGUGUCAUCAAAAAGUCACCAUAUAAAAGAGUGUCUAAACACACACACACACACAUAGACACACACACAGACACACACAACUCUUAGGUGUGUCGGGGAUGUAAUUCUGAAGGAAAUGGGAACUCUGAUGGGUGACGGUACAUCAACGCGCUGCUGCUUCUCGCUUAAAGUCGGCCAACAAUCCUGAUUUGGUUCCUCGCUCGGUUGCCUGCGCCUUUAAGGGUUUCAAACCCACAACCAUUGCCAACGUGUGUCUGAUGCUUGAUGUAACUAAGAACAAAGAUAAGUCAAUAAUUUCAAAGUAAGGUGCUUUUUGAAGGAUUUUAAGAGUCGUCUGAAUGAGUGUCUAACUUUUAUGGAUAGGAAUUAUUGGAUUUGAUGUAUUUGUCCGCAGAACUGCUGAUGUUCAACGUGCAGCAUGAAAAACGUGCACGUGGAGAGUGUGACGUGUGUCAGUGGUCUGGUUUGUUAAUGUUUUCAUCAGACCGCACGAGUGCUAAACUUUUACUUCAGUCUUUCUGUCUGGGGAACUCUAAACAUGGUUAUUUCUUAAACAGUACGUCUCUUCUGUCCUGUAAAAUAAAAUAAAGUCACCCUCUUUUUA